AUGCCCCGGUGCCUGAUGCCCAAGAAGUGGAAGACCGCCGUGGCCAACGAGUGUUCGUGGGACUACGACAGCAGGCGGCCGUCGUCACCGCCGCAGCCACAACAGCAAACAAAAAACACCGGUCCGCAAUGGGAACCGCCGGUGACCGUGCUCUUGCACCACCAUCAGCACCACCACCAUCAGCAGCAUCACGCGUGGGGACCGUCUAGCCCGCCAGCCGGAGCCACCGCGCCGAGCCCGCCACCGUGUUGCACUGGCACGGCGUUUCACUAUCUCACAGAGUAUGCGGGAACCGUUAAAAGCGAGUACCCGACGGCCGCCGACGCGCAGGUCCCGCAGUCGGUGGUCGCCGCCAUGCCGUCGGCACGCGAACACCAUCAUCAACAACAGCCACCACCGCCGCCGACGCCGGCCACCGCCACACCGGUGCUCACCGUACUCCAGUACCAGCGGCCACGUACGUACACCAGUACUGGAGUGGCCCUGUCGUUACCGCCCAAAAAGAAGGAUAUUUACCGGCCCUAUUCGCUGGACGACCACAAGCCGAUAAAGUGGCCGCGGCCCGAGGAGGACAUUAGCGCCGCGCAGGCCAUACUCGACCUGAGCGCAUCGACGCCAGUGGUCGUUUGCCGGCCACCACCGCCGCCUCAACAACUGCAACCACCACCGCCGCCACCACCGCAAGACACUCAACAACUUCUGCCACCGCCGCCGCCAAAUGCUUCUCUGCAACAACUGACACCGCCGCAACAACAACAACAACAGCAGCAGCAGCAGCAAAUAGUGCACGUCAUACCGGUGGCUGUCAAACAGCAACCGGCCGAACAACUGCAGCAAUUACAGCGCCCACCGCCGCCGGCCAUCCCAUUGCCGGUGCCGACCGCCGCGGCCACCAGCAAAACGGUCGCGUACACGUACGAGGCAUUUUUCGUCAGCGACGGCCGAUCGAAACGCAAAUCUUCGGCGGCCGCUGCAGCCGCCGCGUCGGCGUCAUCUUCAUCAGCCUCAGCGAACUCGUCGGCGUCUGGCGAUGAGUGCGUUGUCGGUGACAAGUCGUCCGGCGGCGCAGCGGCCGCGAUCGGCGCUGACUUUAGCGCCACUUCGCCCGGCCGACCGUCCAAGUACACAUGCUCCGAGUGUGGAAAACGGUACGCCACGUCGUCGAACUUGUCUCGGCACAAGCAGACACACCGGAGCCUCGACUCGCAGUCAGCCAAGCGGUGCAACGUGUGCGGUAAACCGUACGUCAGCAUGCCCGCGCUCGCGAUGCACCAGCUGACACACAAGCUAACGCACGCGUGCGAUGUGUGCGGAAAAAUGUUCAGCCGGCCGUGGCUUCUGCAGGGCCACCUCCGGUCGCACACGGGCGAGAAACCGUACGGAUGCGCGCACUGCGGCAAGGCUUUUGCCGACCGCUCGAACCUGCGCGCGCACAUGCAGACCCAUUCCGGCGACAAAAACUUUGCUUGCCCGCGGUGCUUCAAGUCGUUUGCUCUAAAGUCAUACCUGAACAAGCACCUGGAGUCGGCCUGCCUACCCGUCGCCACCACAGCAGCCGCACCCGCGUCUCCCUCGUCACUUACGUCGUCGUCGGUGUCGUCGUCAUCGUCGUCCUCGUCUUCGUCUUCGUCUUCAUCGUCGUCGUCAUCGUCGUCGGCCACCGCCGCCGCACAGUCACCAUUGCACCAACAACAUCACCCACCUGCACACUUGCAUCAUCUCCAACAGCAGCAACACCAUCACCAUCAAACGACUGCCGCCGAAAUCACCAAUCUCAACUUGUUGCGUCCAACGGUACUGCACACUGCCUAA